AGCCAGACCUCAAUCCAAUAACAUGCAGGGAGGUGAACACAUCUAAAAAAAAAAUUUUUUUUUUUAAUUUAAAACUGAACAACGUACAAUUUCAAAAAAAACCAAAAAAAAAAAGAGUCAAAAUUCCAAAUUUUUAGUGUUAGAAAAGUUGUAGUUUUUUUUUUGUGAUUUCGUUGCGAUGGACGAGGACAAAAGAUCGAGUGAUGGUGGUGAGCCAAAGCCACUGAGACCGGAACUCAUGCCCCUGGAGGCAGCGAUACCGAGACCCAGACCUUCUCUGAGCCAGGCGAAUUGGAAGCAAGUGCAGCGGGAGAUCGACCUGAAGGUGGCCGUGGCCAUGAAGGACUUCUACAACAUUCACUCGCAGGCGCUGCUCCGCGUGGAGCGCACUAUCGAGAAGGACCUGUUGCCCAAACUGGAGAGCAAUGCGACAGGGGACCUCAAGGAGAUUGCUGAUCUGGUGCGCCAGCUACUGAUACGUGUGGAGAACCUGCGACCGGUCUUCAGACUCCAACUGGACGAGGAAACGGCAAAGCAGGCGGUGGUCGACAAGCCACUCCAGGCGACGAGCGGCGUGCCGGUGGCGAGUCCAUCUCCAAACGCCGAUGAAAAGCCAGAGUCGGAGGGCACUACCACAGCCACCGCUGAUGUCAUCUUCCGGAAUACACGCUACACCGGCCAGACCGUCAGCGAAAGGGAGUUACCGGUGGUCAAGGAGCGACGCAGGCGACGCAAGACACAGGUCAGAGAUGACGGUGCCCAGAUCUCCGAAACCGAGGAAAGACGCCUCUACAAGGAACGCGAACGCGCCCAGUUCGAGGUCAACCUGGUGCUGCUCAAGAAGUCCCUCUUCUCACUGCACCUCAACCGCAACAAUCGCUACUGGCCGCACAACCGUCGGUCAUCCAGGGAGCCCAAAGGACCCAUCCAUCGGCCAAUCGAUCUGGCUUCGUUUUAGGGCUGGCCUACUGGAAGGAAAUAUCGAGCUUUUUCCUUUCAAUAUUCCACUCGUUUUUAGGCCGGUCGAUUGGUAUAUGAGCUAUGGUUAAUGUUAUGUUCCUGUGGUUCACCUCAAUUGAAAAUACAAAAGGUUGGGUGAAA